AUGUCGUUCCCGCUUCCACCCAAACCACGUCGGCGCUUGGCAGACUUCGACGUGGAUCCGGAGGUCAUUGGCGACGGCUCCCUAGCAUUGGUGCGUGUGGCACAGGAGAAAGCCACCGGCAAGAGGUAUGCUCUGAAGGCCUUCGAUCGCAGACUACUGCGGAGCAACCACAAGGAAGCCGACGUGACUAUCGAGGAGCACUGCUUGCGGAGAGCCAACCAUCCCGGCAUUGUCAAGCUUCAUGCGUCCUUCAGAGACGAGGGCGAGCUCUGGAGCCUGUCCCGUGCCGUCGGCUGCCCAGAGAGCCUUGCGAGGCACUGCCUCUGCCAGGUCUUCGAAGCAGUCCAGUACCUGAGAGAUGCGCGGAUUGUCCACAGGGAUCUGAAGGCAGAGAACGUGCUCAUUGGACCGCGAGGCAACUGCAAGCUCAUUGACUUUGGCAGCGCCAGGGAUUUGGCGAACCCGCAGGUGAAGGGAGCGGGCACUCGAAACUUCAAGACUGUCAUGGAGGAGUACGUGGGGACUUCAAAUUUCAUGGCUCCGGAGGUGGUGAAGAACGUGUCUUCCGACUUUCGAUCCGACACCUGGUCACUGGGAUGCCUGGUAUUCCAAGUUCUCGUUGGUCUUCCGCCCUUUCAUGGUGGGUCCAUCGUUCGAGUCUACAAGAAGAUCAGUAAAGGUGUUUUGGAGUUUCCCAGCAAAUGGCUGAAAGACGAUGCUGUUGACCUGAUCCAAAGUAUGGUGGUCAAGGAUCCAGACGCCCGACUGGGUGCAAAGGACUUGCGAGAAGUGGAGGAGCAUCCUUUCUUCCGAGGAUUGGGCUUCAAAGGUGCUUGCCGGCGGCCCACGCCGGUUUGUACGUUGCGGGAGAUGUGCCUGCGCCAAAUUGGUCUCCGAUGGCACAAGUUCGGUGAGCCGGCUUUGACAUGGGCGCGGUCGCAGCCAAGUCUCAUCCCCCAGGUUCUCGCAAGCCUGGAGCGUGUCGCGGAAGUCUCUGACCUGCUCGUCCCUGACCCAGGGCUGAAGACAUGCUUUCAUGUUUGGAAAGAGAGGGUGGCUCGUGAGCAUCGAAGGGAAGCGGAAAGGAGAUAA